CAGGUCAAGUUUGAUCCAAAAACUCCAAUAAAAAACAUCAACCCGACCACUGAGCUGGCUGCUCGUUGAUGAUUUACUGAUUAUGUGGGUUUAUUGUUGAUGGGUAAGCGUGUAAACUGUCGUACACGCAAUUUAUACUGCGAGUUGGUGGUCAAGUCUGGCAAUCUGCAUUCGCGAACUUGUGUGCAAGCAGUGUUUUGUUGGAUCUCAAACAUCCUGCAACUCGCACAGUUGUUUGCACAGUUGCUCGCCUAUCAAUCCAACUGGAUCUGCAACUCUGUCAAGCAAAUCCGUAGUGCAAUCUGCUGAUGUUGAUGUGACUACAAUAAACACAAAACUCACCGAAAUAACACUUGCUGAUCUGACAGGUCAAUGAGUGACACUCUAACCAUUAAUACCAAACAAACAACGUUUUGAAUCAACAAUCAACUGUCAUGACAAUUGGUAACAUUCGUGGUCAUUUGGCAUUCAUCUCAAACCAUCACAUCAAACACAUUUCUAAAAUCGAUUGCUGGACAACUCAACUCGGUGCACGAGUCCGCAUUACUGUGUCAGAAUUGUUAAACAUUGGUAAUGUGAAAUAUCAUAAAUAACGAGAUAUUUCAGAGACUCGUACGCGACGCAUAUAUGUUUGAGGCGAUGUCUAUCGCAGCCAUCACUUGUGCAAUAACAAGAGACUUUCUCAGCUAUGACGUCUAAUUCACGGAUACGCAUAACCGUUAUUUAUAUCUUUAUAAAAUGAUCAAUGUUUUCUUUUAUCAAUAAACAACACAAU